AUGAGUCUCGGUCCUGCCAGCGCUCGUACUCUUCUGCCUGCAAGCAGGGAAGGCGGUUACUCUAAGAUUAAGUCUACGACGCACCUAGUUACUUGGGGUGUAGUCAUACAGAUCGCGCUUCAGGAGGAGUACAGCGACAAUCAGGCUCCUACUCUCUCCAUUGGAUGGCAGGGACAUCCGUCUUCAGUAGCGCCUACAACAGCAUAUAUGCAGCUGCUAUCGUUCUAG